UGUUGGAGAAAUAAAACGGUGAUUUCAGUGAUGUUUUCUCCUGAUAUUCCGUUGAUUGUGCUCGUCUUCAUGUCCUUGAGAGUUUGACACACCUGCAGCUGUAGGUGAUUUGAGUUAAUCAGUGAUGGAAACGAAUAGAUCUGGCUGUUGUGAGUCACUCGUGCUCUCUGUGUGGAUCCAUUAUCAGGGAAAAUGAACAGGAAUUCAGUAAUUGAGCUACAUCAAAUGAACUCAGGCUAUGGGAGUCCUGAACUGCUCCGCAGGUCUGAGAUCAGACACUACGACAAUCUGCAGUGCAAAGUCCUCAUCGGUGGGUGUGUGUGUGUGUGUGUCACUGUUUUUCACGUUUCAAUUCACAGCUUUGUCAGUAUGCUGGAUGAGUUCGUGUGCAGUAGGUGUAGUGUGCUUUGAUUCAUUCAGGUGGUUUUCUGAUUUCUGCGCAGCUCAAGGUUCAUCCUGUCAUUAAUGAAAUCUAAAUGAGUCAUCUCAGGAAGCCUGGUCUAGGGUCAGAUGUGUCAGUGAUUCGAUCGUCCUUCACUGUGGAGCUGAAGUGGGUGACUUUAACCAGGUUAUGGUGGUUUGAGGUGGUUAAAUCAUGACAGGAGACGCGCGCGCAGUCUCGUCACGCACUUACACACGUGAUCCAGCAGGCGGCGGCAGAGUUCCGCUCCUUUUCUGUCCCUCAUCCGGCGGCAGCAGCGAGUUGUGCCUCUGGUUAUGUGAAGUCGUUUGGGUUUGAUGUCCAAAUUCAGUACUGAAAUUAAAGCAGAGCUAUUGCUGGCAGCUCAGACCCACAGAUCUGUGUUCACUCGCUCUUUGUGUUUUGUGAUGUAAACUGAUGCCUGGACUGAUCUGGAUUCUGCUGGUCUCAUUCAUGAAAGUGUAAAGUCUGAAUCGUGCGAGUCUGAAAGCCCUGCCACGUUUGACACAAAAGAUCAAUUAAAAUAAAUUACAGAUCUUCCAGUUUGCUGUAUUUGUUAUUAUUGGCCUUGAUGAAUAUUUGAUUCAGUGCCUGAAUUGAUGUUCAUGUUUAUAAAUGUUUAUUUGUGUUUCAUGCUUCACCACUGAGGCAAAAGAAGAUUGAAGAUCAGCUGAGAUAUGUGUAGAGUUGUCUGCAAACUAACUAGUGGUUUCUGAUCUUCUGAUGGACAGAGCGGUUCGUGUGACGCUGUGCGAGUAAUGCAUCUGUUUCUGUGUAGUUACUCAUGGUUGGUAUCUGGUUAGUUUUGUGUGGAGGUUGUUGUCUCUCUCCAUCAUCUGCUCACUUCAGUGGGAUGAUUUCAACUGUCUAAUCAUGUACUAAUGAAGAGACUUUCUCUGGGAUGUUGCGACGAGGAGGUGUGUGUGUGUGUGUGUGUGUGUGUGUGUCUUUCACUUCCAUGAUCUGUGCUCCAAUCCCAUUGUAGCCGCUGACGAACGGUCAGACAGGAAGUACCAGUGCUGCUCAUGUGUUAGUAAAGCUGAGCUGAACUAGUCAUGGCUUGGGAUUAUUAUGCGCCCUUACUAGAGCUGAAGUUGAUGAGUUCUCCCAGUCUGAGUGAUUUGGGUCGGUCAGAGAGAUCAGCGCUGGACGACAGGAACAACCAGCAGCACCGAGCAGGAACCAACGCCACCUGGAACAGCAUCCAUAAUGCCGUGAUCGCCGUGUUCCAGCGCAGGGAUCUGGGAGAGAAUGAGCUGUAUGUGCUGAAUGAAGGCGUCAGGCAGCUCCUGAAGACCGAGUUGGGCUCCUUCUUCACAGAGUAUCUGCAGAAUCAGCUGCUGACGAAGGGAAUGGUGAUUCUGAGAGAUAAGAUUCGCUUUUAUGAAGGUCAGAAGCUGCUGGAUUCUCUGGCAGAAACAUGGGACUACUUCUUCUGUGAUGUUCUGUCCACGCUGCAGGCCAUCUUCUACCCCGUCCAGGGGAAGGAGCCGUCCGUCCGUCAGUUGGCUCUGCUUCACUUCAGGAACAUCAUCACUCUGAACAUAAAGCUGGACGAUGCUCUGACGCGGCCGCGCGCCCGUGUGCCGCCCUCCAUCAUUCAGAUGCUGCUCAUUCUGCAGGGGGUUCACGAGUCCAAAGGAGUGACCAACGAUUACCUGAAGCUGGAGUGUCUGGUGCAGAAGGUGGUGUCGCCAUAUCUGGGGACGCACGGCCUUUUCUCUGGCGACGGCUCCAUCGCGCAGAGCUCGUGUGUUCUGGAGAAGCGGCUCCUGCGCCGUUGGCCGCGUGCCGCCGACUCGCCCGCUAAGAACCCCGUGGUCCGUUCGAAGAGCUACAACAUCCCCAUGCUGACGCCGGUGGCCGAAUACGACCCCGAGAGCGUGGGGGCGGCGACCGGCGCGGGAAUCCGACGCCACUCCGUGUGUCAGAUGACGUCCUGCGCGGAAGAGCCUGCGUUCGGAGAGGUGCCUCCCAGCCCGCCGACAGACGUCCGUGAGGAUCCGGCCCGCGCCGCUCAGUCUCCUCCGAUCUUCCCUGAGCUGGGCUCCUCGGCCGGCGGCCAGCGGUCAGCGUCGGGGCGGGAGUCGUCCUCGUCCAGUCCCGAGACCAUCGUGGACCAGAUUCUGGAGUCUCUGGACUCAGACACAGAGGGAAUAUUCAUCGACUUCCGCCGACAGCGGUCCAGCUCGUCCGACUUCAGCCGGGAGAGCGAGAGCGCGGCGUGACCUUUGACCUGACGACACGUCGCCGAAGACGCGCCUGCAAAGUUUGUGGAAUGAUGGGAGUUUGUUUCUGAUCCCGAGCGUUCAGAAUAGCAGACUAACGUACUACUCGGUAAUCACGACAGCUCUUUUACACUUGCCAGGCUGUAAACUGGUGAUGUUUUUGCACAGAAUUGGAUUAACUGUGCAAAGCAGCCGUCUUGUGUUUCUAAGAUGACACGGGACUAGGAACUUCACUCUUCCGAUUUCAAUAUCUAUGCACAAUCUAAUGGACUAAAUCCAUUAACUAUUACUGUAACUGUUUUAAAAAGUUCAAUAUCAAUGCAACUGAAUAAUUAUUAAUAAUACUGUAUUAAAUAGUCUUAAAAUAUUUUUCCAUAAAGUAUUGCUUUAGAAAAGACAAAAGCCGGUAACAAAAUGAAAAACAAAGAAGCGUAUGACAAGCAGUAACGAGCACAAGAGAGCAAAGUGUGUUAUUGAAACGGCUGCAGUUACUCAGUGAUUCUCUCCUCUUCUUGUCAAAUUACGGUUCGAUUAACAAUAACAUAAUAUACAGUGAGUGAUACACCACACGUUUUGUCUGGUGCGUUUGUGUUGACAAGCGAGAAAGGUCAAGUGAGAAAGACUAGCAGAGAUUUAGCAUCAAUUUUAGCGUCCGUCGAGGUGUUUUGACAUCGGUAUGCUAAUUCUUCAUUCUGAACACUUGACUUUUGCUCUGUUUCAUAAAUACUUCAUCGUGUUUUGUUGUUUUUAAUGAAAGAUGCUCAUGGAACGAGGUACGAAUCCAAGAUUUGACAGAUUUUAAAGUAAAAAUACAGUUGUUGUUUUUUUUUUUUUAAAAAAGACAUUUCUUAAGAGAAACCAUUGGAGCUGCAGUCAUUAGUAAGUAGAUAAACAUUACUAAUUAUUAUUUGCAGCAUGACUUUUUCUUUUUCAUUAGUUUGUAAAUAAUAUGAAAGUUUUCAUAAUCAUGUUUUGAAUAAUGACCCUGCCUUCACAGAUUUGACUGACCUGAUCACUAUUUUACUGUGAUUCUAAGUAAAAUAAUAUUUUGCUGGUGAUUAAAUAAGUUUGUCCUUCUUUGCUACUA